UAGCUAUAUGUCAAAUUAGGAGCAACACAAUCGAGUGAAAAAUAAAAGUUAUAUUUUCACGGUCUGCGAAAAUAAUUAUUUUUCCAACUAAUUUGUUGUCCGUAGCGCGUAUUUCACGCGUAUAAGGAUCGGCUCAAAGAUACUACUAGCAAAUAUGUUACGUGUAUAUUUAAGGAAGUCACAUCGGGAAACCGCCCAACGUGCCACAUACCUCUGCACAAAAGUCAUAUGCUCCAAUCAUUCCACGCUAUGUAACAAAGCUGUACGUCGACCGCCGUACGACGAAUAUGGUCGACAAGCACAAGGUCAACAACGUGCUCCUGUUGACUUUCUUAGCCCUCAACAGUACGGUAGAUAUGGUUGGUAUGUCCCGCCGUCGCGCAAGUACGGCAUGUUAGUGGUCCGCAUUUUACGAGGAGCUUUAAAACUUCGAUACAUUGUACUUGGUGGAGCUAUCGGUGGAGGGGUGUCGCUGAGUAAAAAAUAUGAAGAAUGGAAAGAUGGUCUGCCAGAUAUGAAGUGGUUGGAAGAUGUCUUACCGCAAGGUGAUAGGUGGAGUAAUUUUUCAAAAAAAUUGAUAGAAGUUGGCAGUGUAAUGAAGGAUGUUGUUCAAAUAGAUCCUAAACUAAAGGAACUCGGGGAAGAGAAGAUAUCAGAAUGGAAAGUGUGGUUCGAUAAUCGUCUGGAUGAUGCAAUAGAAGCCGCGGAUUAUCAAGGCAGCAAUGCUAGUAUCACUGAAUCUAAAGAUGAUAUUAAAUCCAAAUCAACUGUAUCGGCCUUGGGCCUAUCGAAAGACGAAAGCCGUAAAAAGUAUGAAAAUUUGCAAACGCAAGUAGAAACACUGCAAACUGAGAUUAUGAACGUGCAAAUUAAAUACCAGAAAGAAUUGGAAAAAAUGGAACGGGAAAAUCGAGAAUUGAGACAACAGUACUUAAUACUCAAAGCCAAUAAAAAAACAACAGCUAAAAAAAUCAAAAAGUCGCUGAUAGAUAUGUAUUCAGAGGUGCUUGAUGAACUUUCAGGCUACGACACAAGUUACUCAAUGGCGGAUCAUUUGCCACGCGUUGUUGUUGUUGGCGAUCAAAGUAGUGGCAAAACUUCUGUAUUGGAAUCCAUUGCGAAAGCACGCAUAUUUCCGCGAGGCAGCGGAGAAAUGAUGACGCGCGCACCAGUAAAAGUAACACUCGCAGAAGGGCCAUAUCACGUAGCCCAAUUUCGUGACUCUGAUCGUGAAUAUGAAUUGAAUAAGGAAUCUGACCUAUCAGAGCUACGGCGAGAAGUUGAAUUACGAAUGCGUGCUUCUGUCCGUGGUGGGAAAACCGUCAGCAAUGAAGUAAUUUCGAUGACAGUAAAAGGUCCUGGUUUGCAAAGAAUGGUUUUGGUAGAUUUGCCUGGAAUAAUAUCGACAAUGACUGUUGACAUGGCGGCUGAUACAAAGGAUUCAAUACAUCAAAUGACCAAACAUUACAUGAGCAAUCCGAAUGCAAUUAUUCUAUGCAUUCAAGACGGUUCAGUAGAUGCCGAACGAAGUAAUGUGACAGAUCUCGUGAUGCAGUGUGAUCCACUAGGACGACGCACCAUUUUUGUGCUAACCAAAGUGGAUUUGGCGGAAGAGCUUGCUGAUCCUGACAGGAUUCGAAAGAUUCUUUCGGGCAAAUUAUUCCCUAUGAAAGCACUAGGCUACUACGCGGUUGUGACUGGGCGCGGUCGCAAAGAUGACAGCAUUGAAGCCAUCAGGCAAUACGAAGAAGACUUUUUUAAAAACUCGAAACUUUUCCAUCGGCGAGGUGUUAUAAUGCCGCAUCAAGUGACUAGCCGAAAUCUAAGUUUAGCUGUAUCUGAUCGAUUUUGGAAAAUGGUGCGUGAGACAAUAGAACAACAAGCCGAUGCAUUUAAAGCUACCAGAUUUAAUUUGGAAACUGAAUGGAAAAAUAAUUUCCCUCGACUUCGAGAAUCGGGAAGAGAUGAAUUGUUCGACAAGGCUAAGGGCGAAAUCUUGGAUGAAGUGAUCACGCUUUCACAAAUAUCAGCUAAAAAAUGGGAAGAGGCCCUGACGGAAAAGCUGUGGGACAAGCUAUCUAAUUACGUUUUUGAGAAUAUUUACCUGCCGGCCGCACAGUCAGGUUCUCAAAACUCCUUCAAUACGAUGGUGGAUAUAAAGCUGCGGCAAUGGGCAGAGCAAGCUUUGCCAGCCAAAUCGGUGGAAGCAGGCUGGGAGGCUCUUCAAAAUGAAUUCAUAAAUUUGAUGGAAAAGGCGAAAAAGUCACCGGACCAUGAUGACAUAUUUGAUAACCUCAAAGGAGCAGUGGUAGACGAAGCCACUCGUCGACAUUCAUGGGAAGAUAAGGCCAUCGAUAUGCUGCGAGUUAUACAGCUUAACACAUUGGAAGAUAGGUUCGUUCAUGAUAAAACUGAGUGGGACCAAGCUGUAAAAUUCCUAGAAACUUCUGUAAAGGCUAAACUUGCACAGACUGAAGAGACCUUGAAUGAAAUGCUGGGUCCGGGGCAAUUUACGCGCAUGACGCACUGGAAAUCGCUAACAGAAGAUCAAUCUAAACGUCGUUACGUUAAAACUGAGCUGGACAAAGUACUGAGAAAUGACGAUAAACACUUACCCACUUUGUCCUAUGACGAAUUAACGACAGUUCGGAAAAACUUGCAGCGUGAUGGCGUUGAAGUCGAUACCGAUUAUAUUCGGCAAACGUGGUUUCCCAUUUAUAGGAGACACUUCCUCAAACAGGCACUUCAUCGUGCAAACGACUGUCGUAAGGCUUACUAUCUAUACAGUCAGCAGGGUGCAGAAUGUGAGAUAAGUUGUAGCGAUGUUGUGCUUUUCUGGCGCAUUCAACAAGUGAUUAAAGUUACUUCGAAUGCAUUAAGACAGCAAGUCAUCAACCGCGAGGCGCGUCGCUUAGACAAAGAAAUAAAAGAAGUCUUAGACGAGUUUAGUGAUGAUGAAGAGAAAAAGUCGCAGUUAUUAACUGGAAAGCGUGUCACACUCGCAGAGGAAUUAAUUAAAGUCCGGCACAUACAAGAGAAAUUAGAGGAGUUCAUCAACUCUCUUAAUCAAGAAAAGUAACAAUUCAUCGCAGUCGUAGAUCUCUAGUCGUAAAUUCGAACUCAUUGAAAUAACUCCAGGAUUCUGACGAAAAAAUUUCAGUUAAUAUUGAUUCGUUCACCAUUGUGAUUUAUUUAUUUAUAAUUCCGCUUGAUUGUUAAAGCGUGAGAGAAAUGAGUAAGUGCGUGUUGGUAAGCUUCAAAAAAUAUAAUUUGAUGCCUUAACUGAUGUUGAAAAUAAAAAGAAAAGUAUGACAAACA